GACCAGGCAAAGCAGGGCUUGAACCGGAUCGGCAAGUCCAUACGGCGCAUUAGCAGACGAGUGGUCAGUGGAGGCGGUCCCGAGGCUCUGCAAGAAGGGGGACACAUCCGCCUAGUAGACGAUGUUGAUGAUGACGAGGACAACGACGACGACGACAGUGGCCGCGAUAUUCAUGGCAGUGGCAGAAACGAUGAGGCGGAGCGGAUUGCAUCGGAUUCCUCCGAUCGACAAUCUGCGAAAGCGUCACUGACCGAGUCAUUGACUGCACUCGAACUACCACUCAGCCUCCGGGGCCGAAGUCUCGGCUUCAUGGGACCGGACAACCCCUUUCGAAAACGGGCGGCCCAGCUUCUUAACUACUGGUGGAUAGAGCCUCUUGUUCUCAUCUCGAUCAUCGCCCAUGCAGUCAUCCUCAUCAUCCAAUCGUCGAGAGACGUCUUUGUCCAUCCGCGCAGAGAUACGUACUUCGGGUACUGGGAGGACUAUGCGAUCUUUGGCAUCUUCUGCUUCUAUACGAUAGAGAUGCUGGCAAGGAUCGUGGUCUCUGGACUCAUUGUCAAUCCUCCUCCACUCUACCGCGUGGUCCCCAACGAUGGCAACGCGGGCGCUGAUGAGACCCCAACCUCAGACCCUGUUGUCGGCGAUGCUCCUUUGGCAACGCGAAUGGAAGGCUCGGAGCGCAGACGACUCUCCAAGUCAAACACGCUCGACGCCUUUUCGGAACUAGGCGAUACGAUCAAGAGCCGUGCUCAGGCAGCGCUCAGGAAGGGCGAAGAAGCAGAAGGCUCAGACAAAGCUAAACCUGCACCGACGCGACGGUCUACCGCAAUGUCAAGCCGUAUGAGUUUGUUUGACCUUGAUGCGAGAGCCUCAGCUUCAAGAGCCCACCAUCGCUCCGAUACGGCUGCGACAACUACGACUGACAAGACCAGCGCUGCCAGGCUGUACCCCGGGACCAUUAAGGCCGUGCCCUUUGUACAGGCCAUGAUUGUACAGCGGUCUUACGCUCCACAUUAUGCCUAUCUCCGUCAUAGUUGGAACCGAGUCGACCUCUUUUCCAUAGUCGCGUUCUGGAUCGCCUUUGCCCUGGCUGUUACUGGGUACGAAGCCACGAGCAGAUACCACAUCUACAUCUUCAAAGCCAUCUCGGUAUUGCGGAUAGCCAGAUUACUUGCCAUCACUUCGGGCACUACGACAAUUUUGCGCUCAUUGAAGCUCGCAGCUCCAUUGCUCUUCAACGUCUUGACCUUCACCACGUUCGCCAUGAUCCUCUUCUCUAUCAUCGGCAUACAGUCUUUCAAGGGCUCGUACCGCCGAUCAUGCGUUUGGGAUGGAGACUUGACUACCGGCAUUAACGCCGAGCCUGGGUCGCAAUACACCUUGAGUCAGAUAUGCGGUGGGUGGUACGAUGUGAAUGGCGAGCGCCGUUCAUACAUCAGCACCAGCGGUCUGUCUGCACCUGGCAACGGCAAGGGCUUCUUUUGUCCUCAAGGUCAGCGAUGCGUAGAACAAGACUCCAAUCCCUACUCGAACACGCAAAGCUUUGACAACAUCCUGACCUCACUACUUCAGGUCAUUGUUGUGAUCAGCAACAAUGGCUGGAGCAGCGCAAUGUACGACAUGGUCGAUGCUGACUACUUCGUCGCAGUCUUCUACUUCAUCAUUGGCAUCAUCUUCUUAAACUUCUGGCUCGCAAAUCUUUUCGUUGCCGUCAUCACCAAUUCUUUUGCGACUAUGUCAGCUCAGACUCAUCAGUCCGCAUUCGCAGCCAAGGACCUGGGCCAGGUCGCUUCCAUCCUGAAGGACGAGUCUCAGAGCAAAUCUCGCAUCCGGAGGAAAAAGGUGGCGAGCGUUUACAAGCGCCUUUGGGGAUAUACAAAGUAUCUCUGGCUUGCUGCCAUCGUAGCCAACAUUGCAUCACAAGCGAGUCGGACCUCUUACCAGACGUCUGCGGCAAGCAAAUUCGUGCGCGACGCUGAAUUGUGGUUCACCGUCGCCUUCGACGUUGAGAUUCUCUUACGAUUCCUCACAUAUCUUUUGGACGAUGACUGGCGAUCUUUUUACGGUGGAGGAGGCACGCAAAGCACUCGCAAUAUCAUGGACACGAUUCUUUGUGUACUCACCAGUAUCAUGGAGCUCCCCGGGAUCCGCAACACACGAGUCUACGCAUGGAUGACUAUCUUUCAGCUUCAGCGAUUCUAUCGAGUGAUCGUCGCCAUCCCUCGAAUCGAGGCAUUGCUUCUGAGAGCCUUUGGAUCUCUCCGUGGUCUCCUGAAUAUGAUUGCUUUCCUCCUCUUCAUGGUAGGGCUAGCUGCUAUUGUGGCUGUUCAACUCUUUCGAGGUGACAUUCCUGCAGAAAAUGACGACGGUACGAUCUUCAUGAACUUCAAGCACAUCUACAACUCCUUCUUGGCGAUGUACGAAAUCUUCUCUAGCGAGAAUUGGAACACGGUCCUCUUUGAUGUUCUGACAUACGAAUUCGGAUAUCGGCAGGCUGCCAUCUCUGCCAUUUUCAUUUGCGGCUGGUUCCUCUUCAGCAACUUCAUCGUUCUUCAGAUGUUCAUUGCUGUCAUCAAUGAAGGUUUCUCGAUCACAGAGGCCGAAAUGCGACGCCAGCAGCUCGACCGCUACGUACGAAGGCUAGAGCCAGGGACUGUUUCCGUCACAGGUCGCUUCUUGCACAAGCUUUCGCCAUACCGUUGGCUCAAAGACCACAAUGCCUCCGUACUCGGACAGCCCAGGGAGCACCGCGUAGUCCGUGCUGCCCACAAUGACGGGCUUCGCCAAGCCCUGGACGACUUCGACGAGAAGAACAAACGCCGUAUGUCUCUACAUCGGUUUCUCGAUCAAUCGAAGGUCCAGCGCUUGACUGCUUUUAUGCGCAAGAUCAUGCGGCUCGACAAUCCCGACCAAAUUCCUAUGCCGCUGGAUACCGUGCAGCAACAACAAGUACGGCAAUCCUUCUCCGGAGCUGACGUCCUGCGAGGUGUGGCUCCUCGUCGUCAGCAAUCAAUGGCGAUGUUGGAUGAGGCAGGCGAUGAGGAUGAGGCUGCUCGUCUGUUUGCAAGGGAGAGGCAGCUGGUCAGGAUUAGGACUGAUCUCGGGCUGGCCACGGAGAAGCUGACGCAGGGUGAGAUCGACGCCGCCUAUGUGGCGAAGCAGGAGGUAAAUCCACGCAUUGCGAUGGCAAGAGCUAUCAAUGCUCAUCCUUCCUUCGACAAGUCUCUCUGGCUCUUCACGAAUCACAGCAAGUUCCGACGAUUCUGUCAGAGUCUAGUGCCUUCCUCUUAUGGGGAGCGCAUCUUCGGACGCCAACAUGAUCGCAACCGCUACCGAAUCUUGCGGAUCGUCAUGUUCAUCACCAUCGUUGCUUCGGUCGUUGUAGUCGGCGUGGCUUCGCCUCUGUACCGCAAGAGCUGGUACGGUGAGCAUGGCCUCAGGAGAGACUCGUGGUUUACUCUCAUCGAACUUGCUCUUAGCUCCGUCUUCUUUCUGGAAUUCUUCAUCAAGAUUGUUGCCGACGGGUUUGCCUUUACGCCAAAUGCCUAUCUGCUGUCGCCGUGGCAUAUUCUGGAUCUUAUGGUUCUAGCCAGUCUAGUGGUCAACGUCAGUUCCGAAAUCAUCGUCAUCGGAGGUGUUAGUCGGUUCACACGUGCUCUCAAGGCUUUCAGAGCUCUGCGACUGAUCAAUCUCUCCACAAGGAUGCGUGCGACCUUUGAGAAUCUCGUCGGUGGAGGCGGCCACUUUCUCGACGCCUCGGCACUGGCCAUCUUGUAUAUCAUCCCCUUUGCUGUGUGGGGUCAGAACCUCUUCUCCGGGUCGCUCUACGCGUGCAACGAUACCGGUGAUGGUAUCACGGUCAAAAGCCAGUGCGUUGGCGAGUAUAUGGCUCAAUCGAGCGAAUGGACAUAUCUGGCCCCUCGAGUCUGGGACAAUCCUCAGGUUGCCUCUUCCUACUCUUUCGACGACUUCAAGUCUGCAUUGCUCAUCCUCUUUGAGAUUGUCAGCUUGGAAGGCUGGAUAAAUGUCAUGCAGACUGCCAUGGCUAUCACUGGCUCGAACAGCCAGCCCGUGACCGAUGCCAAUCAAGUGAACAGCAUCUUCUUCGUCAUCUACAAUCUCAUGGGAGCAGUCUUCGUCCUUACCCUCUUCGUGAGCGUUAUCAUCGAAGGCUUCCAAUCGGCAACAGGUGCAGCAUUCUUCUCGACGGAACAACGCCAGUGGAUUGAUCUGAAGAGGCUCAUGUCGCGACAAAAGCCUGCCAAGCGGCCGGCAGUCAGACCAGCAGGUCCCAUUCGCAGUUGGUGUUUCGACAGGGCUACAAAGAAACAUGAUUGGUGGGGUCGAUUCAUGACCGGCCUAUACCUCGCGAACGUGAUUACACUCUGCACGCAGACCAAUGACCAGAACCCAAGAGCAGAGAGGAUUCGCGACUACAUCUAUCUAGCCUUUGCCAGCAUCUACGGCCUUGAUGUCGUGAUCAGGCUACUAGGCAUAGGUUGGAACGCUUUCAGGAGAAGUCUGUGGUGUGUCUACGACUUGUUCGUCGUGGUAGGCAUCCUUGCGAAUACCUUGCCUCUCGUCAUACUCUCUACGCCCACUCAAGUCAAUGUGCAGCUGCAAAAGUUCUUCCUAACCGCUGCGACGUUGAAGCUGGUCGCCAAGCACAAUGGACUGAAUCAACUCUUCAAGACUGCUCAGGCCGGUCUACCUGCCAUAUUGAAUCUUCUUGGCCUCUGGCUUUGCUUCUUCCUCUUCUUCGGUCUCAUGUUCGUCGAGGUCUUUGGACUCACAAAGUGGGGCUACAUCGGACCGGAGAGCUACUCGCGCAACUUCUCUUCGCUUCCCCUAGCUCUCAUCUUCCUGAGCAUGAUGAGUGUAGGAGAGGGUUGGAAUGGCUACAUGCACGAUUAUACUGUGGAGGAUCCUCUCUGCACUCCCUCGGCAAAUUACCUCGAGUCGGAUUGCGGCAGUCAAGCUUGGGCUUAUCCUCUUUUCAUCGGUUGGAACCUGUUCAGCAUGUACAUCUUCCUGAACAUGUUCACUGCCACGGUCAUCGAGAAUUUCGCAUACGUCUUCCAAUUAGGAGGCAAGCCUGUAUUGGACAGGGAAGACAUGAGAGGCUUCAAGCGCGCCUGGAUGGGCGUAGCAGGGACGUCAUCUACUCUGCCUCGAGAUAAGAUCAUCGCCUUCCUUCGAGUCCUGCCAGGCAAGUUCGAGAUGCGGGUGUACCCACAGGAACUAUCCAUCGGUGCUCUACGGCAAGCCGCUCUAUACAGCGACUCUGCUUCCAUCAAUACCGGCUCCUCAGAGGGUCGUCGUCGCAGGGAUGUCAUCUCUCGCCUUCGGGGAAGCUCGUCCAGUCCGACAAAGCCGCACGCGGGAGACGACAGUUUCCAAGCAUUUUCUGCUACUGGUCACACGAUGCGCACCGUAGACGGUAUCAAUGUCACGCGUUUGCACGACAUCGUCUGUGCGCUGGAUGGCAAGGAGCUACGACAACGUCGUGAGCGUUUCAACCGUGUCUGGCACGAGGCUUGUAUCCUCGCCGACGAGUCCGAGGAGGGCAAGGGCAUCUCAUUCCAGGACAUGUUGAAGCUGAUUGCGUAUCAUAAGCUCAUCGAUCCCAGCACGGCUCUCAGUGUGGAAGAGCUGGUUGCAAGAAGGAGACUAGAUGAGAAGAUUGACGAUCGCAUUAACCUUGAGAGGGUACGCUCGGUGAUGAAGACUGCCUACUUGCGAUAUCGCUUCAACGUCCUCCGAAGAGCGGCGGAGAUCAUCGGCGAGGAGAUCAAUUCUGCAGUCGGUCAUGAUGAGGACAUCGAUCCAUCUCCGUCUGCCGCAGAAGGUGGUGUCCCCAUCAUUCGGGUCGAUGACACACAGAGCCCACCUCAAUCCUCGAGAAACAAUCGCUCACGAUUGUCCCCGUCAGCUUCAUCACACCGCAGCGGAACAAGCUCGCCUCGGAGUCGACUUGGCCAGGUGGAUGUCGAAGAGCUGGAGCGUCGAGCUUCACCCUUGCUGGAAUCCUUUGACGAUACGCCUUGGGGCAGAAUGAUGAAUCGAAUG